UACGGUUUACGGGCGUAGCCGCUUCCAUCGCAAUAUUUUUCUCCGGUGUUUAAUAUUUAUUAUUUUGGUACCAACUAGUUGCCAAUAAUAUUGUCAUUGUCGUUAACGUUCGCUUCUUUUUCGACAUCGACUACUUGUCUGACGUUGUCUAUACAACGGCUCCCCAAGUCUGAUUGAAUCGCAAAUCAAACGGCACGUAGUUGUUGUUUUUGAAUGGUAACUAUAGAUGGUKGCCGUACACCCCAAUCGUUACCCUGACCACACACCUUAAAUUUUUACCUCGCGUGACCGUGAAGCAACCAUGACGGCCAAGUCGUUAGAACUUGAGAGAUGUCUGCCAUCCUCAUCGUCCGCAUCUAUCGUGCUGUUGCCCGACCACUAUGUAGAGAACGAUCCAAUCGUACAAACGAUUCUUGAAUUCAAGGAAUCAGAACGCAAAUUGUCCAGACACGAGAAACUGAUAAAGCUAUCAAGUAAAUCCUCCUGUCAGGUUUCAACUUGCCAAUGUAGUGGAUGGCAAGGUAGGUGUGAUAAUCAUUUGAUGUCUUCAACUUGCUCAAAAUCUGGUUGUGGUCAUCCUYUAUCUUCUCAUGUAUCACAUUUAGAAAGUGCCAAGGAUGAACAGUUAAAUACCUUACUAGAAUUAUCAUUUGAUCUUGAUAAUUUAUCUGCCACUUUGAAUAAAGAUUUACAAAAACCAAAAACUGAGAGAAAUUAUGUGAAAGAAGAAACUUAUGAUGCAGUUUAUCAUGAAUUACGUAAUUUUGUUUAUCCUGGAUCUUGUAUCACACUUGAUAAAUUAUUUGGAACUCCACCAUUUGAGAAUCCAAACAUAGUUAAAGUUUUAAUGAACUUUAAUAUGUAUAAAUUUGGUCAUGACAGCUCUCAACUAACAAUUGCUUUAAAAAUCAGUACAUUUWUAACAAAACAUUUUGAUCUUUGGAAAUGGACUUCCCCUAAAGAAUUGCCAUAUUGUAAAUCAUAUCAAAAUAGGAAAAAUUAUGAACUCUAUUAUCAAAGAUAUUUAGUAUUUUGUGUUCUACCCAAAUAUCUUCAUUCAAUUUCACCAAGUUUUAAAAUGAGUAUGAUUUUUGGACAAGACCUUCUGAAGCAUACAUUAAAAGCAUUUAGAAUGUAUUUAACAGAUUGGUGUUAUGCAUCAGCUCCAAAACGGACAAAUCGUCAAAACCACUUUUACUUGAGCUAUUUGCCCAAAUACAUGAAUUUAUUAGAAGAAGAAGUAUAUGCUGUACAUUCACCAAUAUGGGAUUUGCAUUUUAAAGAUUCUAAUCUAAAACAAAUUAUUCUUACUGAUUCCUUGUACUCCGGGCUAGAUGAAACUAAGGAAAUAGAACAUAAAAACCGUAAAAAAAAGGAUAAACAUCUCAAUGAAGAUAUGCCAAUAAAACCAAAUGAAAAACAUAAUAUUGAAAAUGUUUUAACAGAAGAAAAAAUUGUAGAUAUUUUAAAAAAUAUUCAAAAUGAGCCCAUUACUUGCUCUAAGGAGUUUGGAUUAGAAAUUGGACCUCGAGGACAACAGGCUCGAACAGAAGAAGAGCAUGGAAUUAUACGCUUCGUAGUCAUAGGUAAUUCAUUAGAAUCAAGAGUCGAAAAAAGUACUAUGUUGUGGCUUUUGCAAUUAAGAAAUUUGUUUCGAAUUCAGUUGCCAAGUAUGCCAGUUAGAUACAUUACUCGAUUAGUAUUUAAUGCGAAACACAAGACAUUAGCUUUAUUGAAAGAUGACGUUCCAAUUGGUGGUAUAUGUUUUCGUCCAUUUGUCUCUCAAGGUUUCACUGAAAUUGUGUUCUGUGCAGUCAAAGUUGAUCAACAAGAAAAUGGAUAUGGAACACAACUAAUGAAUCAUUUAAAAGAUUAUCAUGUUCAGCAUAAUAUACUCAAUUUUCUUACUUAUGCUGAUAAACUUGCAAUUGAAUAUUUUAAGAAACAAGGGUUUAGUCAAGAUGUGAGAAUACCGAAGAAAAUACAUCAAGAUUAUAUUAAACAUUAUCAAGAUGCAAUAUUGAUGCACUGUGAACUAAACCCAAAAAUUGUUUAUACUCAGUUAACAUCAGUGAUACGAUUACAAAAAGAAAUAGUAAAGAGUCUAGUGGGAGAAAAAUAUAAGCAAAUAGAAAGACAUUACCCAGGCCUAUCAUGUUUCUCAGAUGGUGUACACAUGAUCCCAGUUGAAUCAAUACCUGGUGUCAUGGAUACUGGUUGGAUACCAUCAACUCGAACUACAAGAAAUAGUCGUAUCACAGAAGAAACAACUGAUAUUGAUGUCUUAGCUAAACACCUAACAAAAGUUUUGCAAUUUAUAAAAAACAAUGAAUUGUCUAAACCGUUUUUGAAUCCAGUUGAUAAAAAAGUUCCUGGUUACUAUGAGCUUAUAAAGUAUCCUAUGGACUUGAGUACAAUUAGCAAGCGAUUGGCUGCAGGCUACUAUGUGAGUAGAAAGUUGUUUACUGCUGAUAUGAGACGAAUGUUUAGUAAUUGUAAAUUAUUUAAUCCAGAGGAUUCAUAUUGGGCAAACUGUGCAGUUGAAUUGGAAAGACUUUUCCAAAUUAAAAUGAAAGAAAUUGAACUUUGGGAUUACCAAAUUUAGUUUUCUUUGUUUAUUUUUGUAUUUCCUAUUACAAAUAUGCAUAAUAUUGUAAA